AUGAAAAACGUUAAUCGUGAGUCGAACGUGCUGUCGCCUGAAGAGAGUGUGGAACAGCAACCACAUCCGGCCAGUAGGAUUAAAAAAUUGUGCAAUGAUAAAGGCAUCAGAAGCAGUGGUGAUGUGAGCAAGGACUACAACAAUAUGAUUAACAAAAAAGAAAAUGAUGAGGAUGACGAAGAUUUGCAGUAUGUGGACGUAGAAACUGUAGACGAAAAGCUGGACAGCAAAGAACAGCGGAGAGCAUUGGUCGAAUUCUAUCGGAAAGUUAAAAGCGUUCGCGUAAGUCUUCUCGAUUUCUCAUCACGAUAUUGGUCAUCACGAUAUCUGUUCAUUCGAGCAUUUCUUCAUGUGUUUUUUUUUGGUCGUGUUGUUGAAAGCUAUAAAAACACUGCGAGUACCGUGUUCUAG